ACAAUAUAUUCACAAACUAACAAACAUUGUUGAUACCAUAUCUCUUCCUAUAAUAAGAUCAUAUCACAACCACAUAAAUACUUGCGAUGCUAAAUACUCAAACCUCAAAAUUCAGUUUCAUUAGCCUAUCUACUCACCACAUGCCACGUGUCACUACAUGCAUAAUUAGCCACAUAUCUAUAAUUUCCUAUAUCCCCUUCUCACACUCUUUUUUUCAUCAAUGAAAUAACAAAAACAACAUCCUCAAAAACUUUUCAACAUACAUAGUUUUUUUUUGUAGCCAUGGAAACUGGUAUAGCAUGUUACUCCCGUGGUGCUUUUCUUCCUACUGUUUCUUCCAAACACUCCCUUCCUUCUAUCCCUCCCUCUUCUUCCUUCAAGAGUUUGAAAUCAAGCUCUUUAUUUGGAGAAUCACUUAGAGUGUCAUCCAAAUCAACACUCAAGAUUUCAAGGACAAAAGGUGCUUCAUUCAUAACCAAAUGUGAAAUUGGUGAUAGUUUGGAAGAAUUCUUGGCAAAGGCGACACCAGAUAAGGGACUGAUUAGGUUGAUGGUGUGCAUGGGAGAAGCAUUAAGAACAAUUUCUUUCAAAGUGAAGACAGCUUCUUGUGGUGGAACACAAUGUGUUAACUCUUUUGGAGAUGAGCAGCUUGCAGUGGAUAUGCUUGCUAACAACCUUCUUUUUGAGGCCUUAAAACACUCUCACUUCUGCAAGUACGCCUGCUCAGAAGAAAUUCCUGAGCUUCAAGACAUGGGAGGUCCAACUGAAGGUGGAUUUAGUGUUGCAUUUGACCCUCUUGAUGGAUCCAGCAUUGUAGACACAAAUUUCACAGUAGGAACCAUAUUUGGUGUGUGGCCUGGUGAUAAGUUGAUUGGAGUAACAGGAAAAGAUCAAGUUGCUGCAGCUAUGGGAGUUUUGGGUCCUAGAACUACUUAUGUGCUUGCUCUUAAAGAUUUUCCUGGCACUCAUGAAUUUCUUCUACUUGAUGAAGGAAAAUGGCAACAUGUCAAAGAGACUAACGAAAUUGGUGAAGGAAAACUAUUCUCCCCUGGAAAUUUGAGAGCCACAUUUGACAACGCCAAUUAUGCCAAGUUGAUUGAUUACUAUGUCAAAGAAAAAUACACAUUGAGAUACACAGGAGGAAUGGUGCCAGAUGUCAACCAGAUUAUUGUAAAAGAAAAGGGAAUAUUUACAAAUGUGACAUCACCAACAGCUAAAGCGAAGUUGAGGUUGUUGUUUGAGGUAGCUCCACUAGGACUGUUGAUUGAAAAAGCUGGAGGUUACAGCAGUGAUGGUCAUAAAUCAGUCCUAGAAAAGGUAAUUGAAAACAUUGAUGAUAGAACUCAAGUUGCAUAUGGAUCCAAAAAUGAGAUCAUCCGAUUUGAAGAAACAUUGUAUGGCUCAUCAAGGCUCCAGGGUGGUGUACCUGUUGGGGCAACUGCUUAAGCUGUUGAAUCAACAAUUCAUUUUCAAUUUUUAUUAUAUGCUUUCUGCACAAUAUGCUAUCUUCAUACAACUCUGUACAAUAUAGUCAUAAUGCUCUAUUUAUGACUAUAUAAUAACAAAAUAUAUAAUUUAGUAAUAUUUGUGAGACCAAAUGUUGGUAUUGACAA